AUGAUAGCUCCUGUGAGAUAUAGAUCAGCCAUAAGGCUAAUACCACUAUCAUCUUUUAGAAGCUUUCACUUUAGUACGGUUUUGAAUGUCAAGACUCCGCUUGAAGAAUAUCAUGCACAGGUGACGUCGGGACGUCUUAGACACGAUCCAUAUCAAGAAAAAGUAGUAUCAUAUUUAUCAGUUCUACAGGAAAGGUUGAAUACAUAUGAACCACCGCAAAUUGAUGAGCCAACAUUGGUAGAUUUGAAACCUAAGUCGAAAUUGGGCAGUUUCUUCCAAUCGAUGUUAAAAAAGAGAGAGUCAGCCCCAGAAAUAAGCCAAGAUGAUAACGGUGUGAAAGGUAUCUACCUCUAUGGAGAUGUUGGCUGCGGUAAAACUAUGCUAAUGGACUUGUUCUACACUACUGUACCGGAACAUCUUCCUAAGAAAAGAAUUCAUUUUCAUCAGUUUAUGCAAUCACUUCACAAAAGAUCCCACCAAUUAAAGCUCGAACAUAGUGAGUUUGAAAUUGACGUUACGCCAUUCUUAGCUGCGGAGAUUGCUAGAGAAUCUACCGUUUUGUGCUUUGAUGAGUUUCAGGUGACAGAUGUAGCUGAUGCUAUGUUACUUAGAAGACUACUUAUGAUGUUGUUAAGUCCAGAAUAUGGGGUAAUAUUGUUUGCAACUUCAAAUAGGGCCCCUGAUGAUCUAUAUAUAAACGGAAUUCAGAGAGUUUCUUUCAUACCAUGCAUCCAAUUAAUCAAGAGAAAAACGAAGGUUGUUUACUUGAACUCCCCGACAGAUUACAGAAAGGUUCCUAAACCGGUGUCAUCUGUAUAUCUUUUUCCUUCUCCGGGUAUCAAUUACUUCUCCAAAGCUCAUCAAGCCAAGUGCAAACGACACAUUGAGGAUUGGUACAGUUACUUUAACCGAAACAAUGAUAGCAAGGAUGUUGUGAAGGAUUUCAAACUCUCAGUUUGGGGAAGAGAAAUAGAUGUGCCGUAUAGCUCAUAUCCCUACGUCGCUCAAUUCACAUUCAAAGACCUCUGUGGUAAACCUCUUGCUGCUGGUGACUAUCUAACUUUAGCUGGUGCCUUCGAAUCAUUCAUAGUGACCGAUAUACCGUACUUGAGUACAGACGUCAGAAACGAGGUUAGAAGAUUCAUUACUUUUCUAGAUGCGGUUUACGAUGCUCAUGGACGCUUAGCUGUCACUGCAGCAGCCCCAUUUAAAGACUUGUUUGUUGAGCCAGAAGACUUAAAGAAAGGUAAUUUUCAGCUUUAUAGAAAGCAAAUAAAUCAAGGAUCGGAGGAAACUUUUGAAAAUGAUGAAUUAGUUACCAAGCAUGGGUUCGAUAAAAGUAUUGCAAAGAAGGCCUCAAUGUUUGCUAACGACGAAGAACGAUUUGCGUUUGCUAGAGCACUCUCACGUUUGGCACAGAUGAGUACAACAGAUUGGAUAGAAAGCGUACCAUCACACCACAGCUGA